AUGCGUAUCUCUUCCAAGUUGGCCGCCGCUGGCGCCUUCGCUGCUGGCGCGUCUGCCGAGAACUAUCUCGGUUUUAAUUCAGGAGCUACGAUGGCAGACCGGUCCGCCAAAAUGCUCGCAGACUUUGAGGCUGAGUUCACGACGGCCCAAGGUCUCGUCGGCGCCCCCGGCCUUUUCAAUGCGGUGCGAUUGUACACCAACAUCCAGGCGUACUCGGAGGACGACCCCAUCCAGGCUUUUGAAGCGGCCAUCAAGACCAACACGUCGAUUCUCCUCGGUAUUUGGACGUCCGGCACCACCAGCAUCGCUAAAGAGAUAAGCGCUCUGAAGAAGGCUGUUGACCAGUACGGCACCGACUUUACCGACCUCGUUAUCGGCAUCUCCAUUGGCAGCGAGGACUUGUAUCGCAAUUCGGCGACCGGUGUCGCGAACAAGGCGGGCGUGGGCAACUCACCCGAUGCCCUCGUCGGCUUUAUCGGCGACUACAAGACGGCCUUCAAGGGCUCUGCGCUUGCCAAUGUCCCCGUCGGUCACGUCGACACCUGGGACGUCUGGCCCAACUCCACCAACAAGCCUGUUCUCGACGCCAUUGACUGGGUUGGUGUGGACGAGUACCCUUACUACGAGAACGGCAAGGGCAACUCGAUUAAGAAUGCGGGCAGUCUCUUCGAUAGUGCCUACGAUGCGACUGUCGCCGCUGUCGGCGGCAAGCCCGUCUGGGUCACCGAGACUGGCUGGCCCGCGACCGGUCCCGACUGGGAUGAGGCUGUAGCCAGCGUCGCCAACGCGAAGACAUACUGGGACGAGGUCGGAUGCCGCAAGCUCUUUGGAAAGACGCCCACCUUCUGGUACAACCUUCGCGACUCCAACCCCGAGAACACCAUGAAGUUCGCUAUCACCCAAAACCUCUCGACCAAGCCCAUGUUCAACCUGACGUGCCCUACCACCUUCGAUACACUUUCGUCUACCUCGUCCUCUGCGUCUGGCACCGCUACCGCCACCGCAACUAAGACGAGCGGAUCUUCCACUGGCGUCUCCAGCAGCACAGCAACCUCCACCUCUGGCUCUGAUGCUAGCAGCUCCGGGUCAAGCUCCGGUUCCGACUCUGGCUCGAGCUCCGGUACCGGUACCGCAUCCAGCGCCACAGCUUCUACUACAAGCCCCGUCGCCGGUCUGGGUGCCCACUCCAUGCAACUGAUCUCGGUCGCUCCCUACGCUGGCUUGGCUAUUUUCGGUGCAUUCUUUGCCUUCUUCUAG